AUGAGUCGGGUCUUCCUAAUUCCCCUAGUCGUCGUGCUAUUUCACCUUGUUUGUGCAACUUCAAGCGAGAUUGCCGAUCAAAAAAAAACUUCAUUCGGGACUAUGGUGCAUAUCAUUAGCGGUGUGCCAGACAAUCCUACCAAUUUACGGGUUAAUUGCACAUUUGACGGUACUGAUUUUCAAAAGCGCACACUCAACGAUGGUCAGGAAUUCAGCUGGGGAUACUCUGACAAAUUUUUUGAUGACUAUGAGUUCUUGUGUAAGUUUAACUGGGGCACUAAAACCAGCAGGUUUCCGGUGUUAAGUAUGCGUAUGGCGCCCAUUCUUUGUGCUCAUUAUCCGUGCGAUUGCUAUUGGGUUGCAAGAGCCGAUGGUUUCUAUUUCAGCAAUGAUAAAAAGUCCUGGAAGAAAAUGUAUGAGUGGUUUUAG